AUGCUGCGCUUCAGUUGGUGUCGUCUGUGCAGCAGCACACUCAGCGCUACUUCGCCGCUGGCUCCAGAUGUUGCGGCGGUGGCGAAGGCGCAAUCGGCGCAGCUUGACGGCAUGUCGCCGCGAAAGAUUGUGUCUAUUCUGGACACGUACAUUGUUGGACAGUCGGAUGGUAAGCGUGCGGUGGCCAUCUCGCUCCGUAACCGCUGGCGUCGACGCCAGGUGAAGGAUCAAGACAUGCGGCGUGACAUUCUGCCGAAGAAUAUUUUGCUUGUCGGCCCCACCGGAGUGGGGAAAACUGAGAUCUCGCGGCGCAUGGCGCGCAUCACCGACGCCCCGUUUGUUAAGGUGGAGGCGACAAAGUAUACGGAGGUGGGCUUCAAGGGGAAGGACGUGGAGACGAUUAUUGAGGAUCUCUACAUGAACGCGAAGACUAAGGCGAAGCGCCGUCUGGAGGCGGAGAGGGUGGAGGAGGCACUUGCGAUGGCACUGGAUGUGGUGUAUGGUAGCUGGGCGACACGCCGGCGCGCCAGCGGCGGUGGCAGGGGGGAGAACCACGAGGACGAGGACGAGCGACGCGCCCCCUUCACCGAAGUCACGCUCGAGGAAUUUAAGGCCAAGUACAAGACGGAGUUCAAGGACGACACCGUGACAGUUGACGUCGCCCCACCACCGCUGAAAAGCAACCGGCAAGGCUGGAGCAAGGCCGAUCUGGAGCUCGCUGGCCUGUUUGGCUCCCCCCCCGAGAUGCGGCUCAAGACGCGGGUGACGAAGCGCGUUGAGGAGGCCGUCCCGCUGGUGAUGCAAGACAUGUUAGACCGUCUCUUGGAUGAGACGCAGGUCAGCACGUUGGCCCGUACUUUGGCCGAGGAUGAUGGCGUUGUAUUUAUUGAUGAGAUUGACAAGGUGGUGACGGAUAUCUCGAAUAACGAUGCUGAUGUGAGUUCCACCGGCGUCCAGCAGGAUUUGCUGCCGCUCAUUGAGGGCUCCGAUGUGACGUUGAAGGACGGCACCCAAAUUAGCACCGACAACAUUCUUUUCAUCUGCUCGGGGGCGUUUCACUUGGCAAAGACCUCCGACAUGAUUGCAGAGCUGCAGGGUCGGCUGCCGGUGCGAGUGGAGCUGCAGGCGCUGAAGGAGGAAGACAUGCGCCGCAUUCUUAGAGAGCCGAAGUACAAUCUGCUGCGCCAACAGAAGGAGCUGAUGAAAACGGAGGAUGUGGACGUGGAGUUCACGGAGGACGCCAUUGACGAGCUAGCCCGUGUCGUGACAACUGUGAACGCGAACGGGCAGAAUAUCGGAGCACGCCGUCUACACACCGUGAUCGAGCGUGUGAUGGACGAGUACAGCUUUAACUGCCAGGACUACGAGGGGAAAAAGGUGGUCAUUGAUGCCAAGGUGGUCAAGGACGCCACCUCUACACUGCACAAGAACAUCGAUCUGGCCAAGUACCUUUUGUGA